AUGGUGUCCCAGGUACGUGGUCCCAACCCCAAGAAGACCGAAGUGAGGAGGUGCGUGGUCUCAGUCGAAGAAGGCGGAGGCAGGGACGAGGCCGGAGCACUUAUCCUCACCCAAUAUGGGGUCCCAGGUGCGUGGUCUCAGCCCGAAGAAGGCGACGAGGCCGGCCGGCGCAAUAUGGGGUUCCAGGCGCGUGGUCUCAGCCCGAAGAAGGCGGAGGCGGGGGCGAGGCCGGAGCUGGGGUGCGAAAGCGGAGGGGGGACGAGGCCGGAGCGCUUAUCCUCGACCAACGUGGAGUUCCAGGUACGCGAUCUCGGCCCGAAGAAGGUGAAGGUGGGGUGCUUGAAGCCAGAAGAAGGCGAGCUUCAAGAGGAGGCGACAACAAGCUCGAAGGACUUACUCUCAGAAUACGUUCUCGGCGCGUGGUCUCAAACUGAAGAAGACAGAGGCGGCGACAAGGUGCGCGGUCUCAACUUGAAGAGGAUGGAGGCGGGAACCAGGCCGGAGCACUUCUCCUCAACCAAUAUCGGGUCCGAGGUGCGUGGUCUCAACUCGAACAGGUGCAUGGUUUCAUCUUUGAGAAAAGAGAAAGGACGAGGCCUCAACCAAUAUGAGGAAGCUCAAGCUGAAGAAGACAGAGGCAAGAACGAGGUGUGGAAGUUCAAGCUGAAGAAGACACAGGCGUGGAAGCUCAAGCUGAAGAAGGGCAAGGACAAGGUGCGUAUCCUCAAGAAGAAGAAGGCCAGGAGCGGGAACGAAGCCGUGCAGGCUCGCCUGCAUGGUGUCCCAGGUACGUGGUGCGUGGUCUCAGUCGAAGAAGGCGGAGGCAGGGACGAGGCCGGAGCACUCAUCCUCAACCAAAAAGGGGUCCCAGGUGCGUGGUCUCAGCCCGAAGAAGGCGACGAGGCCGGAGCGCUUAUCCUCAACCAAUAUGUUCCAGGCGCGUGCUCGGAGGCGGGAGCGCUUAUCCUCAACCAAUAUGGGGUCCCAGGUGCGUGCUCUCGCGGACCAGGCCGGCGCAUUUUGGGGUUCCAGGCGCGUGGUCUCAGCCCGAAGAAGGCGGAGGCGGGGACGAGGCCGGAGCUGGGGUCCCAGGUGCGUGCUCGGCAGGGACGAGGCCGGAGCGCUUAUCUCAACCAAUAUGGGGUCCCAGGUGCGAAAGCGGAGGCGGGGACGAGGCCGGAGCGCUUAUCCUCGACCAACGUGGAGUCCCAGGUACGCGAUCUCGGCCGGAAGAAGGUGAAGGUGGGGUGCUUGACGCCAGAAGAAGGCGAGCUUCAAGAGGAGGCGACAACAGGCUCGAAGGACUUACUCUCAGAAUACGUUCUCGGCGCGUGGUCUCAACCUGAAGAAGACGGAGGCGGCGACAAGGCCGGAGUGCCUAUCCUCAAUCAAUAUGGGGUCCCAGGUGCGCGGUCUCAACUUGAAGAGGAUGGAGGCGGGAACCAGGACGGAGGCGAGGAGAGGCCGGAGUACCUAUGCAAGGACAAGGCUGGGAGGGCCCAUCCUCAACCAACAUGGGGUUCCGAGGUGCGGAAGUUCAAGCUGAAGAAGACACAGGUGGGGAAGUUCAAGCUGAAGAAGACAGAGGCGUGGAAGCUCAAGCUGAAGAAGGGCAAGGACAAGGCGAAGAGGUGCAGCCGCCACGCUUAUCCUCAACCAGAAUGGGGGCGAAGAGGUGCAGCCGCCACGCUUAUCCUCAACCAGAAUGGGGGCGAAGAGGUGCAGCCGCCACGCUUAUCCUCAACCAGAAUGGGGGCCAGAGGGAAAAGGCGAAGAGAUGCAGCCGCCACGCCUAUCCUCAACCAGAAUGGGGGCCAGGGGGAAGAGGCGCAGCCGCGAAGAGGUGCAGCCGCCACGCAUAUCCUCAACCAGAAUGACGCUUAUCCGGUGCCAGGCGAAGAGGUGCAGCCGCGAAGAGGUGCAGCCGCCACGCUUAUCCUCAACCAGAAUGGGGGCGCAGCCGCCACGCUUAUCCUCAACCAGAAUAGGGGCGCAGCCGCCACGCUUAUCCUCAACCAGAAUAGGGACCAGGGGGCACAGCCGCCACGCUUAUCCGGUGCCAGGCGAAGAGGUGCAGCCGCCACGCUUAUCCUCAACCAGAAUGGCGAAGACCAGCCGCACGCUUAUCCUCACCAGAUGGGGGCCCAGGGGAAGAGGCGAAGAGGUGCAGCCGCCACGCUUAUCCUCAACCAGAAUGGGGGCGAAGAGGUGCAGCCGCCACCCUUAUCCUCAACCAGAAUGGGGGCCAGGGGGAAGAGGCGAAGAGGUGCAGCCGCCACGCUUAUCCUCAACCAGAAUGGGGGCAGGGGGAAGAGGCGAAUCCUCAACCAGAAUGGGGGCCAGGGGGAAGAGGCGCAGCCGCGAAGAGGUGCAGCCGCCACGCUUAUCCUCAACCAGAAUGGGGGCCAGGGGGAAGAGGCGCAGCCGCGAAUCCUCAACCAGAAUGGGGGCCAGGGGGAAGAGGCGCAGCCGCGAAGAGGUGCAGCCGCCACGCUUAUCCUCAACCAGAAUGGGGGCCAGGGGGAAGAGGCGCAGCCGCGAAGAGGUGCAGCCGCCACGCUUAUCCUCAACCAGAAUGGGGGCCAGGGGGAAGAGGCGCAGCCGCGAAGAGGUGCAGCCGCCACGCUUAUCCUCAACCAGAAUGGGGGCCAGGGGGAAGAGGCGCAGCCGCAAAGAGGUGCAGCCGCCACGCUUAUCCUCAACCAGAAUGGGGGCCAGGGGGAAGAGGCGCAGCCGCGACUCAAGCUGAACGAAGCUGGAGGCGGGGACGGGCGAAGAGGUGCAGCCGCCACGCUUAUCCUCAACCAGAAUGGGGGCCAGGGGGAAGAGGCGCAGCCGCGAAGAGGUGCAGCCGCCACGCUUAUCCUCAACCAGAAUGGGGGCCAGGGGGAAGAGGCGAAGAGGUGCAGCCGCCACGCUUAUCCUCAACCAGAAUGGGGGCCAGGGGGAAGAGGCGCAGCCGCCACGCUUAUCCUCAACCAGAAAAAGGGCCAGGGGAUACAGCCGCCACGCUUAUCCGGUGCCAGGCGAAGAGGUGCAGCCGCCACGCUUAUCCUCAACCAGAAUGGGGGCCAGGGGGAAGGCGCAGCCGCCACGCUUAUCCUCAACCAGAAUAGGGGCCAGGGGGCACAGCCGCCACGCUUAUCCGGUGCCAGGCGAAGAGGUGCAGGCGCCCCACGUAUCUCACAGAUUCCCAGGGGAGAGGCUAGCCGCCACGCUUAA